AUGGUAUCAACAACAAAGUCACGUAUUGUAAUAUUUUUGAUCCUGUUAAACUUUUUAUUCACAAUAUCAUUAGUUGAAACAAAUCAUGGUAGUGAUAAUAUUUCAAAAAACAAUGAUAUUAAUUUACGUGGUUCUUCGAUAAUAGAUUCAUUAAAAUCAAGGUCGGUUCUUAUACGGAAGGAUUUAUUAGUUGAUAUUACAAAGUCAAAGGUUUCGGAUCAAGAACAAUAUAAUGGAAAGAAGAGACAUGCUGGUCACGUGCUUCAUGAAAUGGAUAAAAGAGGAGAACAUGAUAAAGGAAAAGAUCAUGGAAAAGGUGGAAAUGGGAAAGAGCAUGAAAAAGGAAAGAAGAAUGGUAAAGAACACGAAAAAGAGAAGGAUAAGGAUAAGAAAGAAAAGGAUAAUGACAAAGAGCAAGAAAAAGAGAAGGAUAAGGAUAAUAAGGACAAAGAUAAUGACAAAGAGCAAGAAAACGAGAAGGAUAAGGAUAAUAAGGACAAUGAUAAUGACAAAGAGCAAGAAAAAGAGAAGGAUAAGGAUAAUAAGGACAAUGAUAAUGACAAAGAGCAAGAAAAAGAGAAGGAUAAGGAUAAUAAGGACAAUGAUAAUGACAAAGAGCAAGAAAAAGAGAAGGAUAAGGAUAAGAAUGAGAAGGAGGUUGACAAAGAACAAGAAAAUGAGAAGGAUAAUGAUAAUAUGAACAAGGAGGAUGAAGAAAAGGAGAAUAAUAAUAAUAAUAAUGAUAAUAAGGAGGGAAAAGGAAAGAAUGGAGCUGGAAAACAACCAGAGGUUGGAAAGCUACCUGAUCCGCUAUCUAAAUCGCCAACACAUAUCGCAAAAAUUAUACCAGAAUAUCGAUCAAUUUCUUAUGUAGAGAAUUACGAUUCUCAUGUACAUAGUGCGAAAAGUUACUAUCCUAAUGGACCAUUAAUUUUAAGAUUGGUAAAUCAUAUAAAUGAAAAAUGCGAUGAGCCAAAACUAAAUCUCAGACUAGUUUAUAAGGAUAAUAAAAUAUAUCCCAUCAACUUCAAUUAUGAAAUACCCGAUUAUAAUUUUUGUAAGGAUGGAAAUGACAAAGAUUUAGUUGAAAUAUAUCCACUCAACAUCAAAUUCUUUUUGGUUCGAUAUGUACUAACUACCGGAAAUGGAUCUUAUCAAGAAAUGGGUUUAAUUGUAGAUUGGGAUGAAUUGGGUGAGGCGAUAGUAAAUUCUAAUCCCCAACACGGAUUUAUAUGGAUUAAUCUUAUUCAAAAUAAUACUUUACAAUGGACAAACUAUUCCGCUUCUGGUGACGUAAAUCAAGAGACAAAAACAUCAUAUAUAUCUGGACAGAAAUAUAAAGUAUUUCCUUCAUUAGACGGCGGAUACGGAAUUGUCUUUGCAGGAAAGAAUCCAGAUGCAGCGGAAAAUGUAGAAAAGGUUCCAAUAGUACCAUUAUGGGUGGUUAAUGUAAUGUUUAUAAGACCACAUGGAGAAAUCACAAAACCAUCUGUAAUUUAUUCGACAACAACGCAAAUUAAUGAUAUGAACAUAGAAGUGUGUAAUUAUGCAUACGAUUUCCCGGGAUUGGCGUGUAUAAUUAAGAUACAAAAUGUUGAUGAUGCUAUUAGUUACGUUAAAAUUCAAUUCCUUUCAAACGGAAGUACGAAAAAAACAAUCAAAAUUGCGGUUGAUGAAUCUAUUGUUGAUUAUAUAUAUCCUUUACAUAAUGGUGGAUAUAUCUUUAGCGCAAAAUCAAGUAAUCUUGAAGUCAAUUUUACGGGAAGCAUUUAUGAUAGUGAUGGAAAAUCGUAUAGAGUAUGGAAUUGCCCUAAAAUGUAUGGCCAAAGGAUUGUUCCACAUGGUGUAUUUCCAAAUAAUACCGUUUGGAUGUUUUUUGAUGGAUAUUAUCAGUCAGAUCAAGAAGAAAUUAGUUAUUCUUCUGACACUUGGACCUAUAUGACUGCCACCAUUAAUGACUUACCACAACCUUCUGUCAAUGAAUAUAAUAAUCUGAAUAUUAAUACAACAUAUCCAAUCAUCGAUGGUGUUCUAAUGGAGAAUGAAACUCAUAUUUUGAGUAUUACUUAUAAUAAUCCAAUACUAUUGUCAACAGGAAAUAUAUCAAUAUAUUAUCAAGAAGACAAUACAGAUAAAUUAAUCCUAAGGCAAAGUUAUCACACAAAUAGUCCGAAUGUAACUCUUUCACCGGAUAAAAAAACCAUUAUAUUAGAUAUAUUCAACCAUACAUUUGAUAUUUCAAAUAGUAAAUAUACUGUUGUCAUUGAUGAUGAUGCCGUUAAAGAUUUAAGUUAUGAAGAACCGUUAAUGGGAAUCAGUUCUAAUAUAUGGCGAUUUACUACCGAUAUUAAACAAGAAGAGUAUAAACCUGAAGAACAACAUGCAUUGGUUCGUUUAACAAUCGAAGCGUCCAAGAAUUUUAGUCAAUUGGAUUCUAAUCAACAAUCUGAAUUUGUGCAAGAUUUAUUAAAGGAUUUAGCUGAAUGUGUACCUGUACUGCCAGAUAGAAUGAAUACAGAUCGUCGUAAUCAGUGGGAUCCCGAUGUAAAUUCAAGUCAAAUAUUAUUAAAGUUUAAAAUUUUACCGGAAAAGUAUGAACAAAAGAUUAGCGUUGAUAAUAUCAUUAAAACAUUGGAUGAAAUGAUCCGAAAUCGAGAAACCUCUCCUAUUUCUCAUUAUCCAUAUACUGCUAUGUUAGAUGAUACUUAUGGAUUUAGAUGGAAAAAAAGUGUAUGGGAAAAAUAUGAGUUAAAAUUAUUGGCAGUUGGUGCAACUUUAUUCCUACUUGCUAUACUGGCUAUGUUUUCUUAUAAGAAAUAUGAUGACGGAAAUUGCUUUGUUGCAUUCAAAGUAUUGUUGAUAGCAUUGGACUUUGGAUUAGAUUUGGCUUUCGUUUUGACUCACUCGAGAGAUGUGUAUUAUUUAUAUAUUCCAAGUUUACUUACGUUCGUUAUACCACUUGGACUGAAUACUUUAUUCACAUUUUUCAUAGUAAUAAGAGAAUUAUCAAAUAAUACAAAGUUUUAUAAAUGGUUUAGAACUUACCAUAACGUCGCCGCUAUAUUUACCGUUUGUUCAAUCGGUGAUGUGGAUUCAUUAACCAUGAUAAAUUCUAAACUGGCCGGUUUAGAUGCUUUUGAUGCUCCUAUUGCUCCGUAUACUGAAAAACGGAUAUUAAUAGUUAGUAUAUGGAAUUUUAUUAUUGAAGAUACUCCUCAAUUAAUCAUUCAAAUCAUAUAUAUAAUAUAUUCGGUUAAUUAUACUAUCAUUCCAUUUUUGAAUUUGGUUUCGGCUUCUCUGUUAUGGAUUUGUAUAUGUUUCGGUCGCUCUUAUCAUAUGUUUUUACGUUAUCAAGGACCCCAUACGGAUCGACAGAUCAAUUCCACAGAUUACACAAACUUAAAUAAUGAUAGUGAUGAAUAUAAUGGAAAUGGAAAUGACAGUUUGACGGACAAUACGACUGAAAUAAGAAGUGUGGAGUAUGUUUUAGCACCUCCAGAAGUAGUAUGUCACACUACUACAAUUCGAACACCUUCUUGUUGGCUAAGCCCAGAACAAGCACCUGAUAAUUCAAGACAUUUUAAUUAUAACGGUGGUGGAAGUAAUAAUAAUAAUGGCGGGGGACCAAAUUAUAAUAGAAGUGAUUAUCAACCAUUGGAAAGAAGAAGUAGUGUACCUGUUUACAAUUCUUCUCUUGGACCAUUUGAUGAUGGAAUGGCUAUUGGUGUCGCUGGUCCUUCUAAUAAUAAUAGAGCAAGAAGCGGUAGUGGUGGUAUUUCUUAUGAAAUGGUUAGUAGUGAACACAGUAAUACAAACGCAAGUACGGGCGGAUACGUAAACAAUGGAUAUGAAAGAGUUUAUGGCAACGAUAAGAUUUUAGAUUAA